GCGACUGGACAUUCUUCACUCAUCAUACGUCGCGCCCACCCUCGAUACUACGUCUUCUAGGGCUGUUCCUCAUUCAUUGUUUGUAAUAGAGCAUCUCUCCUCUCACAUCACAGAGAAUGAGACCGCCAACAGCAAGCACAAUUGCCGCGCGAUGGAGCAUACGGCCGGCCACAGUCACACCGCCGAGCGCAUACGGACGAGCCGCAGCAUAUAGACGAUUAUCCACAGCGCCAACAGCGUCUCGGACACUAGCCACUCGAGCAUCACUCCCGUCACAACAUUCACCAUCCUCGUCGCUCCUGUUCCUGCGAAGCGACUUCUUGCCCCAGGACGUCAUUUUCCGUACAUCCUCUGCAUACGCCCGCCACUUCUCCUCCCAACCUGCACUACAAGAGCAAGCGCAAAAACAAAAGAGUGUGAGAGACGACAAGCCCGAACCUCAACGGGACGCUAAGCAACCUGCAUCCGCUGAGGAUCACACAGCGGAGAAGGCAGCAGGCGAGCAAGGAAAGGACGGAGAGCAGGCCAAAGAGAAGAAGGCCGGCGAGGAAGAGACAGGCGAGCAGAAGGAGGGCGAGGAAGGCCAGAAGAAGGAGAAGAAGAAGGAGGAUGCGCCGCCACCUCCACCUCACGGCGACAAGACGCCUUGGCAGGUGUUUACCGAGACGCUGCAGCAGGAAUUCCAGGCCUCGAAAGAAUGGAAUGAAUCGACCAAGCAGCUAGGCGGCUCCAUCCACGACUUCACACAGAACCCUCGUGUUCAAAAGGCGGGAGAGAUUACAGAAGCAGCCAAGACUAAGACAGCCGAGGCCUUGAUGGCAACUGGACGUGCUGUCGGUCACGGUGCGGCAUGGACAUGGGAUACUAUGCCUGUGAAGGGCGUUCGUGCGGCUGCCAGAGUUACCGGAACCGGCCUCGAAUAUGCCACUCGACCUGUGCGACAGACGAAGGCUUUCCAGGCUGUCAAAGAGACCAUCGACGAUGGCAGCUCUUCAAGAUACGGAGGCUGGGUAGAAAAGGAAGAGCGAAGAAAGAGGAGAGAGUUGCGAGAGCUCAAUGAACUGCAGCGAACUGGAGGAAAGUCCCUCGGACCUAUGGAAGAGGAUCCAGACGCUGGCACCAAUGUCACCCUUCAUAAAGAUGCAAAAUACAAGGAGGUCUGGCGAGAGUGGAAAGACAAUUCCAAGCUCGCCCAGGGCUUCUUCAGCAUGAAAGCCGUAUACAACGAGUCCGACAACCCCCUCAUCUCCACGGCGCGCAGCAUCUCCGACCGCAUCACUGGCUUCUUCGCCGAGAACGAGACAGCCAUGGUCAUCAAGAAGUUCCGCGAGAUGGACCCCAACUUCCAGAUGGAGCCCUUCCUAACUGAAAUGCGCGAGUACAUCCUCCCCGAGGUCCUGGACGCAUACGUCAAGGGAGACAUCGAGGUGCUGAAGCAAUGGCUCUCAGCGGCGCAGUACUCCGUCUACGCAGCGCUGAUGCAGCAAUACCAGGCUGCUGGUCUCAAAUCCGACGGUAAAAUCGUCGAUAUCCGGGGCGUAGACGUGCUCAACGCUAAGCUUCUGGAACCUGGCGAGAUCCCCGUCUUCAUCCUUACCUGCAGGACCCAGGAGGUACAUGUUUAUAAGAAUGCGAAGAGCGGGGAGCUAGCAUCUGGCAUGGACGACAAGGUCCAGCAGGUCACUUACGCCAUUGGUGUUACCAGGAUACCCGAGGAUGUCAAUAACCCUGAAACGAGGGGUUGGAGACUAAUUGAGCUCCAGAAGAGCGCCAGGGACUAUUACUGAACGAUUCGUACGGUACCAACUCUUCAGCGGAACCCCUUCGUAACUGUACCACUACUAUUGUCGCAUCUUCACGCUCGCGGUUCGUUUCUUCAGCAUCUUUGGCGUUCAAAAAGAUAAACGUUCAACUCCUUCUGUCUUUGUACUACAAUGUUUUAUUAUAUCUCCGCUACGAGGAGAUGAUGUUUCUCUUCAGGGUCAUGGAAGUGGAUAGACGAACGCUCCAGACAGACAUGGCGUUUGAUAUGAUGACACACUUCCCCACUCUGUAUGUAUAGUAUUUGGACGAUUAGCUGGUUUUCUAGGUUGGGAGAUAUCAGCAUGUGUACAUCAUGAGUUUGUAGUAGUAUCUCUAACAAGAGGUCAUAGGCGAGAGACAUCGAGAGUGGAGUGAAAAGAUAUAAUCAAUCUUUUCUA